AUGUCCCUUCACACAGUCGUUGUUAUUGGCGCCUCCUUUGGUGGCCUUCCUGUUGCCCAUGCACUUCUGAAAGAUGUGCUACCAGCAUCCGGCAAGGACUACAAGCUCGUUCUGAUCAACCCUUCGGAAGAAUUCUACUGGAAGAUCGGCGCUCCACGAGCGGUUACACGGCCGGAUAAGUUGUCUCUCGAGCAGAGUCUCCUCAACUUCGUCCCCACCUUCGAGAAAUAUGGUGAUAAAUUCCAAUUCAUCAAGGGCAAGGUCACAGCUCUUGAGCCCAACUCGAAGGUUGUAGAGGUCAACACAGGCGACAAGAUCUCCUACGAUCAAGUUGUCAUAGCCUCUGGUACCUAUUUCGACAACGACAUCUGGUCCACCUCACGAGGAACCGAAGCCCUGAGAAAUGAGGUGCACGACCUACACAGCAAGUUACCUAAUGCUCAGACCGUCAUGAUUGCGGGUGGUGGCCCCUGUGGUGUGGAGACUGCAGGUGAACUCGGUGAAGCCUAUGGUGGUAAGAAAGAAAUCACACUCCUAUCCGGUAGCGAUCGACUCCUCAACAGAUUACAAAACCGCAAGCCAAGUCAGCUAUCACAGCAGAUGCUGGAGAAGAUGGGUAUCACAGUCACACACAAUGUCCAGGUCAAGUCGGCUACAAAAGAGGGUGAUAAGACACUAGUUACCCUCAGCAACGGGGAGACCAAGACUGUCGAUGUGUAUAUUGGUGCUGUGGGUGACAAGCCGAACAGCAGUUUUGUACCCAAGGAAUGGCUGACCGAGCGUGGCCAAAUCAAGACCGACACCAAUACUCUUCGAGUAGACGUGCCUGGGGUGACAGGAGUCUACUGCGUCGGUUCAGUCGCAAGCUAUUCGGACGGCUCGAUCCUCGAUACCAAACUAGCAUACACCGCUGCAGUUGAGAGUGUGCGUCUUGACAUUGAUGGAACUAAUGGCGGCGCCCGAACCAACAAGGUGUACAAGAAAAUUCAAGCCGAGAUGGCAUUCGUCCCUGUUGGUUCUCAGCAAGGUGUUGGCCUUGCAUUUGGCUGGAAGUUACCCAGCUUUGUCAUCAAAAUGGCCAAAGCCAAGGACUACAUGAUUGGAAACGCCCCCAAACUCAUUCAAGGCCAAGCGUAA